AAGCCGCAUACCGACACCGAACGCCGCGCGUCCUGUAGGUCAUGUUUGGGCAUUGAAGGGCACGACAGCAGCGCCAAUAAGAACCCGAAUGACUCUUUAAAGCCUUCCGUCGAAGCGCCUAUCUAUCUAUCAGCCUGAACACCGCGCCCCUCGACCGGGACGACGAACCGUUGCGUCACCCAAAGGCCUAACUUGAUGGCUAGCGACCAGCGCUUCCUACUAUUUCCGCGACUACCUACAGAGAUCAGACGUCUGAUUUGGAUCCACGCUCUGCCCAAGGGUCGUAUCCAGCUCUUCGCGCAGAACGUCCCGUGGGAGAAUUGGCGUCUGCUUCCCCCGGUACUCGCCCAUGUGUCUCGAGAAUCUCGAGAGGUUGUGUUGAGUCACUCAAUCGUGCGUGGAUUUCAAACCACUGACGAUAUUCACACCACGACUUGGUUCAUUGGCUCUCGGGAUAUCCUGGAGCUCCACAGCGGCUACCCGUACCCUUUGUCAAAUCCAGACCCCUUUUUUUCGGCCGCCGAAAGAGUUGCAAUCAAUGUGGGAGACUUGGAGGGCGAAAUUCGGGUCUUCAUCAGAGACCUCGUCGAGAGACAACGUUUUGUUCGCGUGAAGAUGGUCUAUCUUCUGAUCGCCCAAAUCGAGACAGCGUACUGGCCUAAGUUUAGACCUGGCUUGACCGAACAGGACAAAGGCAAAGGGACCAUCCUCGAUCUAUACAGCGACGAAGACCAGAAGAAGAUCGAAGAUUACAAGACCUGGGCUCGCUCUCAGGAGAUGUCACCUGUUUUCCCCUGGAGUGAAGACGUACAAUUGAUUCUCACAUCGGGCUUGGACAGCGUCAUACUGAAGGAGAUAUACGAUUACUACCAAAGGCAACCAGAAACCAGGCGCAGCGAAGAAGACGACGCGCUUCCAUUCCACACCGCUAACACCCCUCUUGGGCCUGACCAUCCAUGGGUUAUCCAGCAACGGAACCUACUGCCAGAAUUCCACCCGGCAAUACUGAUCCUUGGGUGGCGAUGAAGGAGGAAUUAUACAUGAGGUUAGCCAGUAAAGAAAGACCACGAUGUCCGUAGGUGGCCGGUAAGAGAAGGUGGCUUUUAUUAUCCGGUACUUUUGGCUGGUCAUCACAGACGCACUCCGAAGAUAACUACUGCCCCCCAGUCUCCCCGCAUAUGCUCCCGACCGACCACGGCCUAUAGAAAAUGAAUAGGUGAU